CCAGAGAAGAGAACUCAGCCAAGCCGUGGCCAGGAUUCUGACCUACGGAAAGGAUGCUUGCGUGACUGCUGUCUCCCCAGCCAUGGGCCCCCGGUGCCUGGUACUUGUGCUCCUGUCCCUGCUAACCACGGGCAUCCAGGCCUUUGACAACCAGCUUCUAAAAUGCUUUGAGGACCCCCAGUACGAAGAGCUGGUGCAGCUGGCAAGACACGGACUGGGGCAGACGGCCGAGAGGAAACGCAUAGUGGUGAUUGGGGCAGGCAUAGCCGGGCUCACCGCUGCCAAGGUCCUGCAAGACGCAGGCCACCAGGUGACGGUCCUGGAGGCCUCGGAGCGUGUAGGUGGCAGAAUACAGACGCACAGAGUGCCCGGAACACAGUGGUACGCAGAGCUGGGUGCCAUGAGAAUUGCUGCCAACCACAGACUCGCCCGUGAAUUCAUCAGGAAGUUUGGACUGAAACUCAAUGAGUUCAUCUUCGCAAACAACCAGACCUGGGUGAUGGUCAACGGGGUGCGGCAGCAGACAGGGGAGGUACACGCCAAUCCCCACCUGCUGGGCUACAAGCUCAGGGCGGACGAGGAGGGAAAGACAGCAGAACAGCUGUUCGCCAUGUCGCUGGAGAAGGUGGUGGAGGAGCUGAAGGGAAGUACCUGCAGCCAGGUGCUGGAGAAAUACGACUCCUUCUCUACCAAGGAGUUCCUGAUCAAGGUGGGCAACCUCAGCCGCGGGGCCGUGCAGAUGAUCGGGGACCUGCUGAACACCGAUGCCGGCUACUACGAGUCCUUCACGGACACCCUGCUCGGCCUCGUCUGCUUCUACCACAAGCUCCCGUUUGAUGAAAUUACCGGUGGCUUUGACCAGCUCCCCUUAGCCCUGCAUGACUCCCUCUUGCCCGGGACGGUCCAUCUCCACUCUCCAGUGAAAGAGGUAGAGACGUCCGACAACCACGUCCACGUCACGUACCAGACGCCUGACCCUCUGCAGCCCAGGGCGCGUCUGACUGCAGAUUAUGUCAUCGUGGCCACCACGGCCAAGGCGGCCCGGCUCCUCCGUUUCCGGCCACCGCUCUCCAAAGCCAAGGUGAACGCACUGCGCUCUGUCCACUACAACAGUGGCUCCAAGGUAUUCCUGGCCUGCACGGAGCCCUUCUGGGAGAGUGAGGGCAUCUUUGGGGGCAAGUCCAUCACGGACCGGCCUUCCCGCUACAUCUAUUACCCCAGCCACACCUUCCCCAACGGCACAGGGGUCAUCCUGGCCUCUUACACCCUGAAUGACGACUCCUCGUUCUUCACUGCGAUGGACCAUGCCCGAGUGGUGGACGUCAUCCUGGAGGACCUGGCCGCCGUCCAUCAGCGGCCCAAGGAGGAGCUCCGGGCGCUGUGCCCCUACUUCACGGUCAAGCACUGGAGCCUGGACACGCAUUCCAUGGGUGCCUUUACCUGCUUCACCCCCUACCAGUACGUGGACUAUGCCCAUGAGCUCCGCCAGCCGGAAGGGCGCAUCCAUUUCGUGGGCGAGCACACAGACCUGGCCCAUGGCUGGAUAGACACGGCCAUCAAAUCCAGUCUCAAGGCCUCCCAGAGCAUCCAGGAGUCUGUGCUCUCAGCUCUGGCAAAGGGCCCCACAUACCCAAAACGGCCCCAGUCCAAAAGUGAGCUGUAGGCAACUUCAGGGCAAACAGGUUUUGGGGUGAUUGCAGUCACCUUGGUCCACUGGGAAAAGUCUAGAAGUCUAUCUUGUGAUAAACAAACAAACAAACAAACAAACACUUUUCAUGCAAUUGGGGAUCUCACAAUUUUAUUGAGUGAUUCAUGAAUAGGACUGCAUCCCAUUCAGAAAGCAGAAGGGAGCUCCUCUGAGGGAGUGAGAGGGGAGAUCGUAUAGGGUCAACACUGCAGAGAGUGAUUGGCUGAUGUUAAGUUUCCAAUUAGCAUGGGGGAAGGGGUCUUACAAAGUGGGCAAUAGGUAAACAUCGAUUUGUAUGGUGUGCUUGUCCAAUGUGACAAGCUAUAGCUACUGGACCAAAACGGAUUUAUUAGCAAGAGUUCCUUAUCAGCAACUGUGUAGGCUGUGUGUGUUCCUUUUUCUUGGGAAACCUCAGGUCAAGUGGUUUUGUCUCUGGACAAGCCCUUCUCAGAAAGGAGGCUUUUUCCGGCAAAGCCCAGUGCAGGAGGCCAUUUUAUCGCAUUUAACACUCGCUGUAUCUCCACAUUUGCCCAAAGAUGCCAGACCAAAGGAAGCCAAAUGAGGCCAAGAAGUGGAGUGACUCUAAUAUUCGGCUUCAAAGGCUGGUAAAUCUUGCCCUUGGCUCUGUCAACAGUGUUAAUGACAGCAACAAAAACAACAACAUGUGAUGUAGCGAUUAAAACAAUAAAGCA